AUGGCACCAAAGAAAAAGAAGGAACUAGUAGAUGAACGGUUUCAAGCGGUCGUUUUGACCGAUUCUUUUGAGACCCGGUUCAUGCCCCUCACCGCGGUCAAACCCAGGUGUCUUUUACCGCUAGCAAAUGUUCCGUUGAUCGAAUAUACACUAGAGUUCUUGGCCAAGGCCGGAGUCAAUGAAGUGUUUUUGAUGUGUUCUUCACACGCCGAGCAGGUGCAGCAAUACAUUGAGCAGUCCAAAUGGUGCAGCAUCAAUUCUCCGUUCAAAAUUAUACCAAUAAUGCUGUUGGAGUCCCGUUCUGUUGGAGAUGCCAUGCGAGACUUGGACAAUCGAGGGGUGAUUUCCGGCGACUUUUUAUUGGUUUCGGGAGACGUGGUUACCAAUAUCGACUUUUCUCGGGCCAUGGAAAUGCAUAGAAGGCACCGGGAAAACGAUAGUAACCAUAUUCUGACAAUGGUUCUUUCCAGUGCCUCGGCUGCGCACCGAGCUCGAUCCGACUUGGAUCCUGCCACGUUUAUUCUUGAUGCUAAAACUAACCGCUGUGUGUACUACCAGGCUAUCCCAGGCGCCAACAAGAAGGCUAGCAUCAAGAUCGAUCCCGAACUCAUGGACGAUAUUGAUGAAUUGGUGGUUCGCAACGACUUGAUCGAUUGCCAUGUCGACAUCUGUUCACCUUUGGUUCCACAGCUUUUCCAGGACAAUUUCGACUACCAGCUGCUCCGUACGGACUUUGUUCGUGGAGUUUUGAACUCGGAUAUUGCUAAAAAGUCGCUUUAUGCUUAUAUCACCGACGAAUACGCUGCUCGAGUCGUUAGCUGGGCUACCUAUAAAGGUAUUUCCCAAGAUGUUUUGGAGCGGUGGAGCUACCCAUUAGUUCCCGACGCCAAUCUUCUCGAAGAUACAGAGUACACCUACGAGUCCAACCAUAUUUAUAAAGAUCGUCAAGUGGUAUUGGCUCGUCUGAGCCAUCUUGAAACCUGCACUUGUGUAGGGUUUGGAACCAAAGUUGGAGAUAAAACCACCAUUGGCAACUCCAUAGUAGGCGCCAGGUGUACCAUAGGCUCCAAUGUUCGUCUACACAAUUCUUAUGUGUGGGAAGGUGCCGAAAUUGGAGAUAAUAGUGAAAUCGAAGGGUCCAUUGUAGCAGCAGGAGCCAAAAUUGCCCAUAAUGUCAAGGUCAAUGUGGGGUGUGUGAUCGGCUACGGAGUGGUUAUUGAAGAGGGAAGAACUAUACCACCAUAUACGAGGCUCGUUGACCGGGAAGUUUCCAAACCUUCGAAUGGAUUUGACGAUUCUCCACAAGUCACUGUAGUAGAUAGUGAUCUUGUUGGUUUGCAUGGCCAUGGCUACGUCUACGAGUCGGACCAGGACAGCGGCAGCGACUCGCUAGUUCACGAUAUGAACGAGCUUGAUGUUUCUGAUUCUUCUGUGGCUUCGAUUAGCGCCAGUCGCAAGCGCAAAGCAAAAGCUCGUAGAUUAUCGCUGACUUCCGCCGUCAGCACCGACUUUGUUUCCGAGGACGAAGAGGAGCUUUUCGCCCGCGAGGCAAUCGACACCAUCAAGAGGUCAAUGGAGAAUAAUCACGACAUUGAUACAACUUUACUUGAGAUCAACUCAUUGAGAAUGUCGAUGAAUGUCAGCUACCAUGAAGUUCGCCGAGCUACCGUGAGUGCACUCAUCACCAGAAUCGUCCAUUUUAUCACUACCGACACCUUGGCUCCCAAGCAAGCCACGGAAAAGACCUUUGGUAAGUGGGGACCAUUGUUCAAAAGACAGGUCUUUGACGCAGACGACCAAGUUGAUCUUUUGCAAUUGGUGCAACAGCAAUGCGCCAUGAUCGACCCGGCAUACAACCAGACGGUGCUCUUCGUGGCACUGUCCUGGCUAUACAACGAAGAUUUUGUAGAAGAGGACCAAAUUUACAAAUGGUGGGAACUGCCGCAAUCGAGUGCGACGGCCGAGUUGGUCCAGGUUCGCCAGCUUACGAAAAAAUGGGUCGAGUGGUUGAGGGAAGCAGAAGAGGAGAGUGACUAG